GGAAUAACAUUGAAUCUUCAAAAGGAACGAAACACUUAAGUGGAUCGAAAACCUAUGAAUCAGUUUGAACUUCGAAAUUCUCUGCUUCCACUGGAAACGAAUGGAAUUUUUGGCGGAUAAAUGGAAGGUUUCGAUUCUCUAUCUUGGAUUUAUCUAUUCGAUUAUCUUUCUCCUUCAUUCUCUCGUUUUCCAGAAGUUACUUCUAGGAUAUGAACCUGUUCGCAUCAAGAGGAACUCGGAUCUUCCUCUCCGUUUCCGUUCCGAUGGAACCUUCAAGAUUCUCCAGGUGGCCGAUAUGCAUUUUGCGAAUGGAGUUAAUUCGCGGUGUCGGGAUAUGAUGGAUUCGGAGUUCAAAUACUGUUCGGAUCUUAAUACGACGCGGUUUUUCAAGAGGAUGGUUGAUGCUGAAAAGCCUGAUUUCAUUGCAUUUACAGGUGACAACAUAUUUGGGCCAAGUACUUCUGAUGCUGCCGAAUCUUUGUUUAGAGUUUUUGGUCCUGUUAUUGAAUAUCAAAUUCCAUGGGCGGCCAUUUUGGGGAACCAUGAUCAAGAGUCUACAAUGACUCGAGAAGAGUUAAUGUCUUUCAUUUCCCUCAUGGAUUAUUCAGUAUCACAGACCAACCCACAACUCAGCCACUUUCCUUCAACUGGAAAUCAGAUUUUACAAAACAUCGAUGGUUUUGGGAAUUAUGAUAUCAAUGUAUAUGGUGCUCCGGGUUCUUAUUUGGCGAAUUCCAGCAUCCUCAAUCUUUACUUUCUGGACAGUGGAGAUAGAGAUAUAGUGCAAGGAGCCCAAACAUAUGGAUGGAUCAAGGAAUCGCAGCUUCAGUGGCUCAGAGACGUUUCUCAAAGAUUUCAGGGCACAAAUCGGGACCUUUUUCCCUCAACGGAUGCUUCUUCCCAAGGGAAGCCUCCAGCCCUGACGUUUUUUCACAUACCAAUCCCAGAAGUUCGGGAUCUUUAUUAUAGAAAGAUCGUUGGCCAAUUUCAGGAGGGCGUGGCAUGUUCUUCAGUGAACUCGGGAGUUUUACAAAACUUAGUCGCCAUGGGAGAUGUGAAAGCUGUGUUCAUGGGUCAUGACCAUUCCAAUGAUUUCUGCGGGAAUCUUGAUGGAAUAUGGUUUUGUUAUGGUGGAGGGUUUGGAUAUCAUGGAUACGGAAGGCCCGGGUGGUCGAGGAGAGGUCGGGUGAUCGUGGCAGAACUUGCUAAGGGCGAGAGGAGCUGGAUGGGAGUUGAGAGGAUCAGGACAUGGAAGCGACUAGACGACGAAAAGCUGACCAAGAUCGAUGAACAAAUUCUGUGGGAACGUGAACAAUCAGCUCAAUAAGUGUGCUUCUUGUUUGUAUUACUCUGCAUUCCAACCCAACCAUGUUUGUACCAUACAUUUGUGUCACUAUGAACAGGAGGAUCUUUGUACUCUAGAAUGCUGAGAUAUUGUAUUUGUCAAGAGGAUUGUAAUUUAAGGCAUUAUGUUUCAUUACUUGGAACGAUUAAAGCUCGGUUGAGCCUUGCUUGCUUUUUUCUAAUAUGUUAUUGAGAAAAUUUGAAUUUUU